AUGCUACAAGAAUUAGAAAAUAUUAUAGUAGGGAAUAGUUUAGUCAAUAAGUCCCAAUUGGGAGCUUCGGAAAGCAUUCUACUUACUCAUAAAUCCAUAGAAAAGGGACAAUUUAGUCACUUGAGGAUACUGCAGUUUCAUCUACUUAGCCAUACUCCUUAUUUAGACAGUAAUGUCUCUAUACAUGAAGCCAAAUAUUUAAAUAACAUUACAGUAGAGAAUACAUGGAUGCUACUGGCAACAAAGUAUCUAGUGCCAGCGGUUGAGCCACAGCAGAACUACCCAUAUGCCAAUAGAGACAGUUCAGCUAAGUAG